GUGUGGCAGUUUAUUUCUAAACAGGUGCACUGUGACCUAAUGGGAGGUGGCACCUUCCUGUAUUUCUGUUAACACACAAAUAUCACACUGAGUGCUGUAAAAAUCAAACUAAUCUAAUUGCACCCACUGACUCACACACACGCACACACGCACAAGUAGGGAAUUUUAGAAACAGCCCGGAUCUCCUCCUGGCGUCACCAGAAGGAGGCGUGGUGCUCUUUGAAGGGGGAGAAGGUCCACAGAGGAGCCGGGCAUGUUCAAACAUAUCCAAGCAGACUAGCCUACCAACAUCACGGCGUGCUGUCAUUGCGCACAGAUUGGAUUUAAAUAUACAGGCUGUAUGAGACUUUUUGCUAUUAUUACUAAUACCAUAGCUCAAAACCGAUAUGUUUUCCUGAGAAACACUUGACACAUUCUGAGAUGUAUAUUUAAUGGAUUAAUCUCCAGACGCACCGCUGAUGAAGACUGUCUAAGUUUCGGUUCUGUCUGAAGACUUCGGCUCAGUGUGGCCAUGUCUUUCCCGGUUAAAGUGAUGAGAGACGGGCUGCUGGAGAAGCGCAGCAGCGGGCUCCUCCAGCUGUGGAAGAAGAAGCGCUGUGUGCUCACCGAGGAAGGACUCCGCCUGCACAACUGCAAAGGCGGCGGAGGUGGUGGUGGUGAUGCUCCGAGCUCUGCGUGGGGCUCCAGAGCCAAGGAGCUCCGCUUUGAGCGCAUGGCCACGGUGGACUGCGUGGAGUACAAGCGAGGGCUGGUGUACUUCACCGUGGUGAUGGCUACAGGGAAGGAGAUUGACUUUAGGUGUUCUCAGGAAGGCACGGCGUGGAACGCGGAGAUCGCUCUGGCGCUGGUGCGCUAUAAGAACCUGCAGGCAGUUCAAACGGGACGGAACAGGCACCUGUCCACGGCACACCUGGGCAGCACUGGGGAGGAUGAGGAGCUCUGACAAACAAAAGCCUUUCUACUUUUUGAGAGUGAACCAAAUCAGAGUGGAGAAUGGUAGAGGACACCAGAUCAACUGGCUUGAUUCUGUGGCGCACGGCAUGAUUGGGGAUGUACACAACGGCCAUCAGCGAAUAUGGACUAAAGGACAGUUCACUAAGUGUCACAGACACAUUUCUUGUCUUCCAACGCUGUCAUAUAAAUCCUAGGAAUCUGAUAUAUCAUGACCUCUUUGCUGGAGGUCACCGCGGAGACCGCUGCACGAGGAAAAGAUGGCGUUAUUUGGACAGAAACUGAGGAGCUGGCACGCUGUUUACCCCUUGUGCCUUUAUGCUUCAGAAAUAUCUUCUAUUUUGAAUCAUUUCCUGACAUUUUCUAAUGUCGCUGAAACAGGAGUCACUUUGUUUCUUCAGUCUUGCUUUUGAUGGAAACACAUUGCUGUUUGACUUUUGCUAUAGACUGAACUUAUCUGCAUGUUUUUUGUAAAGCUGAACAUGAAGAAUAACUAUUUUACUCAUAUUCAUUGCACAUUAUGUUCUAUAUAUAUUUGUUUAAACCAUGUACAGUGUUAUACUCUUAUAAAGAUCAAAUAAAUUUUAAAGUAGUCCAAAUGCGCUGUUAUAA